CGCGGGAAGUGCGCGGGGUCGCUGCGCGGUCGCUGCCCACACCCGGCAUGGCCGCCGGAGGCUUCGGAGCGCCCCGGUUCCGCCCAUCCGCGGCAGGGAAGGAGCGUUCGGCUUCCCGCACCCGGGAUGGCGGCCAAGGGGGCCCGGCAGAGGCCAAGGGCAGGAGGCGGAGGGGAAGCGGCGCGGCCGCGUUCCGAGGAAGCCCGGACCGAGUCAUCUGGGAGCAAAACAGGACAAGUUUGGGCUCCUGAAGGAUCAACAGCUUUCAAGUGUCUCAUCUCAGCCAGGUUCUGUGCAGCUCUGUUAAGCAACAUCUCGGAUUGCGAUGAGACAUUUAACUACUGGGAACCUACACACUACCUCGUUUAUGGAACUGGCUUUCAGACUUGGGAAUACUCUCCAGCCUAUGCCAUCCGUUCCUAUGCUUACCUGUGGCUCCAUGCCUUACCAGCCUUGUUCCAUGCUAGAGUUCUGCAAACCAACAAGGUUCUUAUCUUCUAUUUCCUCCGAUGCUUCCUCGCCUUCCUGAGCUGCAUCUGUGAACUCUACUUCUACAAGGCUGUGUGCAAGAAGUUUGGGCUGCAUGUUGGCCGGCUGAUGUUGGCCUUCUUAGUGCUCAGCACUGGAAUGUUUUGCUCCUCUGCAGCCUUCCUCCCAAGCAGUUUCUGCAUGUACACCACAGUGGUUGCCAUGACUGGCUGGUACAUGGACAAGACCUCAGUAGCAGUGCUGGGGGUGGCUGCUGGAGCCCUUCUGGGCUGGCCCUUCAGUGCAGCUCUGGGGCUUCCUAUUGCCUUUGACUUGCUGAUACUGAAGCAGAGGUGGAAAAGUUUCCUAAACUGGUGUGUGGUGUCACUGAUCCUGUUUUUGGUGCCCUUGGUAGUUGUGGACAGCUAUUACUAUGGGAAGCUGGUUGUUGCACCUCUCAACAUUGUUUUAUACAACGUCUUCACCCCUCACGGCCCCGAUCUCUAUGGUACAGAACCCUGGACCUUUUAUUUCAUCAAUGGCUUUCUGAAUUUCAAUGUGGCAUUUAUUCUGGCAUUGCUUGUGCUGCCACUGACCUGUCUCAUGGAGUGUCUGCUGCAGAAAUUUCAUGUUCAGAACCUGGGCCGUCCCUACUGGCUGACACUUUCUCCCAUGUACAUUUGGAUCAUGAUUUUCUUCAGCCAGCCCCACAAAGAAGAGAGGUUUCUCUUUCCCAUCUAUCCCCUCAUCUGUCUCUGCAGUGCUGUGGCUCUGUCAGCUCUUCAGAAAUGUUACCACUUCAUAUUUCAGCGCUACCGCCUGGAGCACUAUACAGUCUCAUCCAACUGGCUGGCUCUGGGGACUGUCUUUCUCUUUGGCCUUUUGUCACUGUCACGCUCUGUUGCCUUGUUCAGAGGCUACCACGGGCCCCUGGACCUGUACCCAGAGUUUCACAGGAUUGCAACUGAUCCAAGCAUCCACACUGUGCCAGAGGGGAGAGCCAUUAAUGUCUGUGUGGGAAAGGAGUGGCACAGAUUCCCAAGCAGCUUUCUCCUGCCAGAUAACUGGCAGCUCCAGUUCAUCCUCUCAGAAUUCAGGGGUCAGUUACCAAAGCCCUUUGCCAAAGGAGCCAUGGCCACACGGAUCAUUCCUGCUGACAUGAACGACCAAAACAAGGAGGAGCCCUCUCGAUAUAUUGACAUUUCCAAAUGCCACUAUCUGGUGGACUUGGAUACAGCAGCUGAAAGCCCAAGGGAGCCAAGAUAUUCCUCCAAUAAAGAAGAGUGGGUAACCAUUGCCUACAAGCCUUUCCUUGAUGCUUCCAGGUCCUCAAAGCUGCUUCGGGCAUUCUACAUCCCUUUCCUCUCAGAGCAGUACACCUGGUAUGCAAACUACACCAUCCUGAAACCUCGGAGGUCAAAGCAAACCAGGAAAAAACUGGGAGGCUAGCAACACACCUGGGCAAAACACCAAAAGCAGCUGCUGACGCUCUUGGACAGCUGCCUAAGCCAUCUUCAGUUCUCUUUUUGAAAGGUUGAGCUUGUAAAAUUCCCUAAUAAAGAUCUUCCAUGAAGUGAUUUCGCUCUGCAAGUUCCCAGCUGUAUAAAGGGUGCAUCAUCUGCUUCCAGUUCUCAGUGUCAGGUCUCUGCUCUGCCUCCACAGAACGUAUUGGUAAGGAACUAUUUGGAAACCCAGCAGCCACCUACAGACAUAUUAUCCCUGCUGCUCCCUCUGUUAUUACCUGUUACACCAGUGAAGAGAAAAAUGGAAAGUAAAAAGGAAUCACAGUCUGAGGUUCUGCUCCAGGUUGCAGUCUGGCACUGGGAAAAUCCAACUCAGCCUCUUCUGUCUCCUGCCUGCCCCCACCACCCCUGUGUUCAUCUCCUGAAGUAGUGCUCAGCUUCUCCUGGGGAAUUUUUUCACCUAAUGACGUUUAGGAAGUUGUUGUUUUUAAAGAAAAUGAAAGGGGUAAAGAGGAAAACCCCUGAGAUACAAUUAACUGAAAUGCACUCAGUCUCAUGAAUGAAAUGCAUGCACUGCAGAGAGCCAACAAGUUGUUCUGUCCAGGAAACUCUUUCAAGCAUAAACCUGUGCUUUUGGAGACAAACAAUCCCAAACUUAGGAUUCAAGGAUUUGAGCCAAUUAUCUGUUUCAAUGGGACCAGUGGAGUGUUUUUGUUAUCUGUGAAGCAAAGGGUUUGUUUGCUAUUUAUAGUUGUUUUUUCUUUCAGAGAGACACAUAAUGUUCUUUGAAUUCUAGACUACAGCAUCUUAAAAUCUCUGGAAACAUCCAGACAGAAGAAGAAGAAUUAUGUUUAUUUUUCUUUUCAGUUCUGUUUCCCAGAGCAGACAAUAUGUGUUACAUGAGCAGUGCUGUAUUUAUUGUAUUUCCAUUUUUAAAACACAGAGGAUCACAAGCUGGAUGAGGGGAGUUGUUGGAGUUGUUUUCAGUCACAUCCGUGGAACUCUGUGGGGAUGGAAUGGUGUGAGGAUGGAGCAGAGAGAAAGUUCCUUUUGCUAAAGGGCUGCACAGGCUCCAUCCCCCCAUCCCUGUGAUGGUGGGUCUUGCUUUCUGCAAAGAGGUUUGGACCAAAAGGUGGAGCUGUAUCCAAGACAAAACGUUUUUUUUAAGGGCAUUUUGUAUUUUGCUUUUAUGAUUCUGUUAGCAACCUUGAGGGUGGAGCUUCUGAUUUUUCUUUUCUUUUUGCUUUCACCCCCAUUAAAGCAAAUGUGUGAUGACACUGUGAGGAGGCAGGCAAGGGGCAGCUCAUUUAUCACUUAGUGAAAAAUGAAUAAAGUCCUGUGGUUUGUGAGCUUG